GACUCUGAUGCUCCGCCAUUGAUGGGUUCGAGUAUAACGGUCAUUAGAGCAAUAGAGGACAAGUUUGUGCCUCUAUUGCAAGGCUGUAGAAGCGUCAUAGAGUUGAAACCGAUCCAUGCUCAGGUUCUCAGAUUUGGAUUGAACCAGAGCAACUUCUUGGCCACAAAAAUGGUGGAUAUAUGUGAUAUCAAUGGGGACAUAGACUAUGCUGCUUCUAUCUUUAGGCAAGUGCUCAAACCAAACGUUUUUCUAUACAAUGCAAUGGUAAGAACUUAUAGCCAUAAUGGCCUCUUUAACCAAGCAAUUUCACUGUACAAGCAAAUGCCAAGAGAGAAAGAAGAACCAAUAUCACCAGACAAGUUUACCUUCCCAUUUAUUCUUAAAGCUUGUGCAGGCCUCCUUAUUCUGGACCUUGGGAAACAGAUUCAUAGCCAUAUAUGCAAACUUGGGCCUGAUCAGAACACAUACAUUGAAAAUGCUCUCAUGGACAUGUACACAAAAUGCGGAAGCAUAGCAUCAGCCCAGCAAGUGUUCGAUGAGAUGAGGGAGAAAGAUGUAGUCUCAUGGAACGCACUCAUAACUGGGUAUGCAAGACUUGGGAACAUGAAUUCAGCGACCCGAUUAUUUAAUCAAAUGCUUGAAAAAACGAUAGUCUCAUGGACUGCAAUGAUCACGGGGUAUACAAAUGCAGGGCGAUCAGCCGAUGCCUUGAAAAUUUUUCGAGAAAUGCAGCUUACGGAGACAAAACCUGAUUAUAUAAGCAUUCUAUCCAUACUCCCCGCUUGUGCACAGUUAGGAGCUUUAGAGGCCGGGCAAUGGAUCCAUUCCUUUGCAGAUAAGAAUGGGCUCCUGGAAAAGACAUGCAUAUGCAACGCCCUGAUAGAGAUGUAUGCAAAGUGCGGAAGCAUAGAGAAAGCAAACCAAGUAUUUAACGAGAUGUUAAUAAGAGAUGUGAUUUCUUGGACCAUAAUGAUCAGUGGACUGGCUAGUCAUGGCAGGGCCCAAGAGGCCAUUAACCUAUAUGUAAACAUGAAAAACGAGGGCAUCAAGCCUAACAGUAUCACUUAUCUCGGGGUCUUAUCAGCUUGUGUCCAUGGAGGACUGGUAGUGGAGGGCUUAAAGCUCUUUGAGUCCAUGACAAAGGAACAUUGUAUAGACCCAGAGGUGGAGCACUAUGGGUGCAUAGUAGAUCUUUAUGGGCGCUCGGGUUUUCUAGAUGAGGCACUCCAAUUUGUCCAGAGAAUGCCCAUUAAACCAGAUGCCACAAUUUGGGGGUCUUUGCUUAGUGCUUGUAGAACACAUGGCAAUGCUAGAAUAGCCAUGGUUGCUAUGGAACGUCUUCUUGAGCUGGAGCCCAAGGAAACUGGGAACUAUGUGCUGAUAUCAAAUAUAUAUGCAAACGAGGGCCGAUGGGAUGAUGUUUCCAGAGUGAGAAAAUUGAUGAGGCGUAAGAAGUUGCAGAAAACACCAGGAUGCAGCUCGAUUGAGGUGAACAAUGUGGUCACAGAAUUUGUUGUUGGAGAUGAUUCACAUCCAGAAUUAGAUAAGAUGUAUGAAAUGUUGGGCGUGUUGGCUCAUCAACUCAAGAAAGAAGAGGAGCCAUCUUUAACAGAGUUGGCUUUGUAUGAGUUUUUGGAGGCCGCAAAUGCAUGACAUAAUCAAACUCCAUUUGAAAUUUUCUUUUCUGAUACAGCAAAACCUUCAGGGCCUGUUUGGCGGAAUAUAUUACAGUACG